AUGGUGGAACAAAAGCCCCUUCGAGUUCUUGUCAUCAUCUCAAACACCAGUGCCUACUGGGAACAGUCUUGGUCUGCUUCAGAGGACUUGCUCCCAGUGGCUUUUGAGAUCCUCAAAAAGAAUUGCUUAGUGGAGUACACAUAUAACCACUGGCCUAAAAUGAGGCUGCUGGCAAAGGAGAAGUGGGCGACCCGCGUGUUCCUUGUAUUUGAUAUUUCAAAUACUUCCUAUGACCCUGAAGUGGGACAUUUACCAGAGCAAAACAAGCUUCCUGUUGCAAUUGUUCGGCUGGGUGCUACAGUGCAAGCUUAUACGGCAGCUAUACCAGCACAGAACAAGAUCAAUAAAGAUAUUGCCCGAGCGCAUAACAACAGUGGUAUCAAGAGCCUCCCACCCUUCGUUGUAGAUUAUACCUCCGGACCACCAACAUAUCUCAAUCCCCGCGACCCGUCAUUACUUCUGUGA